CUCCUGCCCUGUUAUUCCUUACAAAGGGGAAAAUAUCACGCGAGCAGGGUUGUGUUUUGAAAGGUUCGCGGACGCUGUUUUACUAUAUGUUACUUUAAACUGAAACACGGAAGAACAAAAGACAAGAAGGACAACUGUAGUUAUCGUUACAGCACGACAUUUGCCAGCAUAUCCGAUACUGAUGCGAGAACAGACUCGUGCGCUGUGGAAUAGUGUUCCCUUUUCGAUGCUAUCCAUAUAUCAAGAGGGAAGAUCCAGCACGGCUGGAACACAUCGGAACACUCGGGAUUUUCCACACAGCUGUGCUCAAGUAUGGACUCACCUUUCAGGGUGCUGUUAGUGGAGUACGUGAGGGGUUGUGUUUCAUAAUGGCAUGAUGUUCAAUGCUUAAUGUCAUACUGUUGGUGUUAGCAUCAUAAAUCUCUCUGACAUUCAGAUGUUGUCUUCUAGAACUGCAUGAAGAGCAUCUCCAUGAGGUGCAGAGGGAGUGAAAGUUGCAUCCAUCUCAUACAAUCCCAAACAUCUAACAGACCUAAACUCAUGUAGUUCACAGACUGAAGUAUGAAAAUGGAUAAACUCACCAUUAUUUCAGGAUGUCUCUUUCUCGCAGCAGAUAUCUUCGCAAUUGCAAGUAUUGUAAAUCCAGACUGGAUCAAUACAGGCGGUCAAGAGGGAGCUCUGACUGUGGGUCUAGUCAAGCAAUGCCAGACCAUCCAUGGUCGAAACAGGGUAUGUGUGUCCCCAAGCCUUCCUCCAGAAUGGAUCACUACCCUGUUCUUCAUCAUCUUAGGCAUCAUCUCACUCUCUAUCACAUGUGGCCUGCUUGUGAUCUCACAAUGGUGGCGAGAGGCUACAAAAUAUGCCCGCUGGAUCGCCUUCAUGGGAAUGGUCCUCUUCUGCAUGGCCGCCCUCAUAUUUCCAGUUGGAUUUUACAUCAAUCAAGUUGGAGGACAACCUUACAAAUUACCCAAUAAUACGGUUGUUGGGUCCUCGUAUGUACUGUUUGUUUUAUCAAUAUUUUUUACAAUAGUUGGACUUCUUUUUGCGUGUAAAGUCUGUCUGCCUGGCUGACAAAUCCUCUGGGUUUUUUUAUGCUACAUAUUUGACUUUUUCAGCACCAGUGUUGGUUCAACUGAUGGAAAAGAAAUAGAUCCACUUUAAAGGGAUGACUCACUGACACAACAGGGAUGUUUUAUUAGAAUGAUACUGUGGUCAUUAAAAGAUUUACAUAAACAAUACUGUACAGUCAGUCAUUAAGGCUAAAUAAAUCAUCCUUGUAUCACCCUGAGAGGAUUUAUUUUUGAAUAAUGACUGGUGGACUGUACAAUAUCCUGCUUAUGACAAGGCUACUCACCAAAUAAAUAAAUAAUAU